UGGUAGCACGUGGGUUAUCAAAACGAUUCUGAUUGGAGAGCGUUCGGAGCGAGGUCGAGUCACUAGCCAAUCAGCGCAGGAAGUGGGGCGGGACGAUAAUCCUGAGUAGAAAUAGCGUAUAUCGGAGUAAAUGGCAUAACGGUUACAUAGGAUCCAUAAGCGGCGGAUUGAGAAACCUGGAUAGAGGGUCUAUUCGGGGUGUUAGAAAUUAAUACCGGUCGCUAGAAAGGAUGCUUGAGAAUAAAAAGGAAAGACUGAAGACAUUUCUAAGAAAAAUCGACGAGAAAGCAAUUUACGGAAUCAAGCAUUUGAUGAAGGAAAGUUACCCAAUGGAGAGCGGGCUUCUCCCCAGAUCGAAGAAGGAAAAGUCGAAGAAGGUUGAGCCCAAGAAGGCCCUCAGCCUGGAGGAAGCCCAGCUUGAGCUGCAGCAACAGAGCAAGAGCCAAAGCAGGCUGGUCCUGCCAAGGUCUCAGACAAUCGGAGGAGACAAACUCCUGGAAAGAAACGACAGCAUUAACUCCAGAAGUAGCUUCAUGAAACACAACAAAACAUUCCAUAAACUGUUUCCCGACAUCCCAGAGAAUGAGGAUUUAUUACACGCAUACAUCUGCGCCCUGCAGAGAGAGGUGCCUUACCAUGGCCGACUCUAUAUCACAGAUAACAACGUGUGCUUUCACUCAUCCGUGCUGCUCAAAGCCACCAAGGUGGUGAUUCCCGUGUCUGUUAUAAGUGUUAUAAAGAAGCAGAAUACAGCUCUGCUGGUACCAAAUGCCCUGUCCAUCCGCACCACCAUGGGAGAGAAGUUCUUGUUUGUGUCUCUACGGAAUCGUGAAGGAUGCCACAACCUGCUGCGCUCCGUCUGCGCAGAGCUGGACAACUGCAGUGCCAACAGCAGCCCACACUUCUCAUCUGCUGAGAACAGCUUUGAUCAGUGCAAAAUGGUGAACUCCAGCCAGUCCAGCCUGACUGACGCCUACGAAGAGCUGGAUGGACCAGGUUCAGGCCUCGUAAUGCAGCCUCCUACCGCUACACUCGAUAAAGGCUCAGUGCCAAAUGGAAGUCCUACCACCCUGAGGGCAUCUCCUAGAGAGCAGGAUGAUAGUUCAACAGAGGAGUACUCAAGGGGUUCGUGGAUGUGGAACAUGACAGACAGGGCCAGAUCAGUGCUUAUCCAAAGACAAGCCACCAACCUCAACAUUCUGCUGCUCAUCUACCUGUUGCUUGUGGUGCUGCUCGUGCUGUCCUCUGGUUAUAUCGGACUGCGCAUCGCGGCUCUGGAGGAGCAGCUCGCCUCACUAGGAGCCCUUCCAGAAUUCAAUCUACACAGCGGGUACAAGGAUACAUAGAGCUGCUGCUUCUGAAAGGAGAGAUGUGUUUUCUGAUGAGCACGAGGAGGAAGGACUGUUCCCGAUGAUCUACCAAAAUGUCAAGUUCACAUUUCGGCAGAACUCGCACCCCCUGCAGAGCCAAAGCGUCAGCACUAGGAUAGGUGCUCUCAGCAAGAAGAAACCAAAGGGCUCCGCGAGACCGAUCGGGCCGGGAGUCCGAACCCUCCCUCCCUCCCUGCUGAACCAAAGACUGGACUCGACUCUGAAGAGCUAGCACUAAUCAGAGAUGAAAAACAGUCAAGCUAAUUAUCAGUGUGACCUGGCGUUACACUUUGUGAUUAGUUCUUUCGUUUGUUUGUUUUUUACUUUAUUGUUCUGAUUCUUACUCGAACUCCUCUUGUGAAGAUGAUUUUUCUCUCUUUUCUAAUCGGAGGGUUGCAGUAUUACUCCCUGCUUUGGCAUGAUACACUUUUUAAAUGAUCACUGCAGGGUGACCAGCCCUGUUCUUUUUUUUUUUUCAUACUUCUCGAUGUAUGCGUGUCAUCUAUGCACAAAUAAUCUAGUCAGGUUUUUAAAUAGGUGAUUUGGCUGCGUACGGCUUUUGCACUGUGCUUGAGGAAGUAGUGAACGCUUAUUCCUGAUCGAGUGUUAAAAGGAACCUAUUAUCUUAGCAAGGACACGUAGGCGGCUUUGCAUAGACGAAACGGAGAGAUAAGACUCCCAACCAGCAUUAUUUUAAACGUUUGCAUGUCUGUGCCAACCGGAAGGUGCAUCGUGUUGGGUGAAAAUACUGAAGAGACCCCGGAGCAGCCAAAUGAGAAAAAUACUUGAUCCACAUUUCAAAGAAAUAACCCAUGGUCCAAUAUAUGCAUGGAUUUGUUUGUUAGUGUGUUUGUUAUUUAAGGUGGAUGCUUGACACGAGGCGUGUAAAUGGCUAUACAUUACUGUAUAAUGAGACUUGAAGUGAAAUCUGCACCUUAUCGUGUACAGACUGUAUAGUCGGAGGCCGAGUCUGUUGUUAUUUAUUCUGGAGGUUUAGGCUGUCGUUUAACUGCGUAAUUUAUAUACAGCUGCUGUUUUGCACAGUCCUAUACCCAGAAAUGUGUUCUAUCUAGCUGAAGGAUUCAUUGGUAAGACCAGUAUGCGGAGAUCAGGGAUAAAACAUCCUUGCCUGGUUCUAGAACUUGGUGGACUUGGGGGUAAUGGAAGGGGAGUGGGGCGGCCCUCUAUGUCCCUGGAGGAUGGAGGAAAAAGUCUAAAAAACCUUCUGGAAACAUUCAUUCAUGUACCGGAUUAAACUGAAUAGGACUUUUUGUACAGGUAUCUUGGGCUGGUGUAGGUAAAAUAUUUGCAAAGUGCUACAGCUAUGAUAUUGGUGUUCAAUUUGAAGGACCUGCACAACCGAUACACAAGGCAGCCGACUUGUAGUUUAAAUAAAAUAAGAUCAGCAAUAGACGGUGCUUUAGGGCCUUCAACUCAGGGUCAGGAUUGUCUCAAUAAUGUGCUGUGUGUUUCUACAUCAGCUACACUGUUGUUUCUUAACACCAGGUUAGGAAAUGUCAUGGGAAGUGUUUGUGUAUUUUCCCAGCUGUCACAGCUCACCAAGGGCUUAAACAUCAGCUUCUACUUGUGAGUAAGGUGUGCUUCAGCUGGGAAACACAUUUGCCUUUCUUAUUACCCUGCAUUUUUACUCUGACCUUCUUCUGCUGCUGCUUCUGUGUAACUCAGAAAAUGCUGGCUUUAUUGCAAACGUGAAGGCCUGUAAGACCUGGACCCGUAGCGGUAUGAUUGUCUCCUGUUCACCGUCCACAGUGGCUUUCUGAUUCACCAUGCACUGUGGGUGAAUACGGAAGCAGUAUUGCACACAGACUCAGAGACUAUAACAUUACAACGUCAGUAACUUGAUUCCCUUUAACCACCGCGGUGCACGAGGGCAGACAGAGUGUAUCACUUCUGUUUGCACUAUUGAAGGGUUUGUAAAUAUUUUUUUUUUGUAUUAAUAUUGCUUUAAAGAUUCUUCUCUGAUUUAUUUAUUGAAUUCUGUGUAACCCAGUCGUCUCUGUGAGACUGACUUCAGCAUUGUUUGAAUAAAUCAAAUGAUGGUUGGAACGUA